AUGCAGCUCUUAACAACUGUAUUAAGUGUAUCUAACUCAUUAGCUGGAGCAAGGAUUAUAGGCAAAUACCCUACUGCAGUUUGCUCUGGCUCCGUUGAUGUGACAAGACGGUUUUAUGUUGGAAUCUUGACGUCGCAGAAAAAAAAGCCAUGUCCAUUGCUUCGGCUUGCUUUACGAUUCACUGUCCUCUACAGCUUUCAUAAACCAGGUCUUGUCAACAGGGUAAUACACAGGACGUGCCGGCACAGGCAAGGACUAUUUCGUACAAUGUGGACUAGAAUGGUGGAAACCAUGGAGAUGUUUAAUGUCAUUAACUACAAUUUUCUCGUGAUAAUUAUACUUUUAUCACCGCCCAUUCUACACGCAAUGGGAAUCGCGACUACCGCGAGGUCCGACUACCAGUAUGAGAAGACUGCCAACUUAACAUUGAUGCUUGACGAUAUGCUGAAGGGCUAUGAUAUGAGGAUACGACCAGGCGCAAAUGGUCCCCCCGUUAAUGUGGACUAUGAUAUGUACAUCGUGAGUGGGUUUGAUACAAUCACUACAACUAUGCAGGAUUAUAACAUUAUGGCGUUCAUUCGGCAAUACUGGAACGAUCCUCGUCUUGUAUUUAACGGUACAAGUAGGUAUAGCCUUAACGUCAACCAGAGGGUUCUUCAAAACCUAUGGGUACCCGAUAUGUAUAUAAUUAAUGAGAAAAGUGGUGAACUUCAUGAUAUAACAGUGGAAAAUAAAGCACUUCGAAUAUACCCAAAUGGAGAUGUGUUAUACAGCUUAAGAUAUAAAUCAUGUCACAUGCCACAGAGUGAAAGUCAAGAAUCUUUAUAUUAUUCAGCACGUUAUAUUGUAAAAUUGAGUAUUAUCAUGUUCACUUAUUGCGGUUUUAUUGCUAAGCUUAACCCUGGCCUGCAAUAUGAAUCUGAGGAAAUAUCCCAUGGACAGUCAAGUUUGUCAUAUGGAAAUGGAAAGCUGACGCAUGAUGUGGUGCUUCGAUGGAAGAAUGAAACGCCAUUGUUGAAAAAUGAAGAAAUAGAAAUACCUGAAUUUGUUCUCCAUGACAUAAAGACAGUACAGUGUGUCAAUGUGUAUUCUACAGGUGAAUUUUCUUGUCUACGAGUCUACUUCUUCCUCCGUCGAAUCUUCGAUUUUCAUCUUAUUCAGACGUACGUGCCUAGCAUCCUCUUAGUUGUGGUGUCUUGGGUCUCGUUCUGGAUCAACCCCGAAGCGUCGCCGGCUCGUGUGGGACUGGGAAUAACCACCGUACUCACGAUGACAGCGCAAAGCACGGGCGUUAGGGAGACUUUACCACCGGUGGCCUACAUUAAGGCUAUAGAUGUCUGGAUGACAACCUGUUUAGCGUUUGUCUUUGCUGCUCUUGUGGAAUUCGCUCUUGUAAACUACGUACUGACGGAAAAACGACAGAAAGAAGCCAAGUCACUCAAGAAAAAGGCAUCUCAAAGAAGCAGGAAUGGUGGCAUUGAAAUACCGGUAAAUUUAGUGUCAAGUCCAUUUACACAGCAAGCAGCCGGAAGAGAAGAGGAGCCACCGGACUCGCCUACCCCGUACAUGACGGUACCUUCAAAAUUAACACCGCGGCUGAUAGAUCGAAUUGCUCGAGCUGCACAUGGAGCGAUUGACAAUGAACAAGACCAGACUACAGUAAAGGAAACUGAACCGAGUUAUGAAGUUCAUGGUGAUGUCCACGACCAGCACUUAGACAUGAAUAUAGACCUGACAAAUAUGUUGGAUGAAAUGCUUAACAAAUAUGACGGGCGGAUACGACCAAAUGCAGCCGGUCCACCCACGACAGUUGAGACAAAUAUGUACAUUAUUAGCGGUUUCAGCACGGUUGCAGCUACAAUGGACUAUAACAUAAUGGCGUUCAUCCGUCAGAAAUGGAACGACCCUCGAUUGAAGUUCAAUCACACAGCUAGUCUUAACGUCGACAUUAGAGUUGUUGACUUGUUGUGGGUUCCAGAUAUGUACAUUACCAACGAGAAAGAUGGUAAAAUGCACUCAUUGACAGUGAGGAACGAAGCGUUGCGCAUCUACCCCGGGGGAGACAUUCUUCUGAGCAUGAGAGUUAGUCUCACUCUUGCCUGUAACAUGAAUUUGCGGAAGUAUCCAAUGGAUGUACAGAUAUGUCAUUUAACUAUGGAAAGUUUUGGAUUUCGAACGCACGACGUCCAACUAAAGUGGGCAAAAGACAAUCCAAUAGAACUGAAUAAUGAAAUUCUAAUCGCCGAGUUUGCUACCCCGCAGUUCAAAGAAGUUUCGUUUAAUGCGACAUACGUAACUGGCGUCUUCAGUUCACUCCGUGUCUAUUUCAUAUUGAACCGUAUAUAUGACUACCACAUAAUCCAGAGUUACAUUCCUACUUUUCUUAUGGUUAUUAUAUCGUGGAUAUCUUUUUGGCUGAAUCCAGAAAGCGUCCCCGCCCGGGUUACUCUUGGCGUUACAACAGUGCUGACAGUGACGACGUUAUCUGGUGGUGUACGCGCAGGGCUGCCAAAAGUGGCGUACGUCAAGGCGAUAGAUGUUUGGAUGACCGCAUGCCUGGGCUUUGUGUUCGGUGCAUUGAUUGAAUUCGCUCUCGUCAACUACUUACUCACCGAAGAAAAAAACAGGAAGGAGAAGGCAAACAAAUUGUCGAAAGCCUCUAAGGAGAAGAGCAUAGACAAUGUUGAAAUGGACACAUUAAACGAGGGCAUACAGAUGAAAGAUAGAAAGAAAGAUGGCGACGGUGACGCAAGUAAAACGGAAUACGUCCGUUCCUGGUUGGUGAAAACAGUCAGACACCGCUCAGUUGACAAGGUUUCAAGAAUACUUUUUCCGGUAGCUUUCGGGUUAUUCAAUAUUAUCUACUGGCCAUCACGUGGUACCAUGUACGCGUCGGGCACUAGCCACUAUGCCAUCAUGCAUGCCAGUGGUUUCACUGCUUUCCGGAGACAAAUCAGGGGAGGUGAUUUCGCAGCACUAGUUGACACUUUUCUUUGUGAACUACGUGUCAUCCGAGAUGUCAUCCGAGAUGCAUUCAACUCGGAAGAGCUUAUUUGUCGUUAA